AUGAACUGGGGUACAACACAAUAUAUAAAAUUGACGUUAAAAGGCGUUCGUAUCAAAAUGAAAUAUUUUUUUUUAAAUAAAAUGGAUUAUUUACCGGAUGAAAUUAUUUUAUUGAUAUUUGAUUAUUCAUCGGGAUACGAUUUAACGACGUCUUUUCAACUUGUUUGCACGAGAUGGAAAUACUUGAUAAAUAAAUCUGAAAAAAUUUGGAGAGGAAAUGUCAAGUUGAAGGGUUUGAAAGAGCAACAGUGUAAAAAUAAACUCUGCGAAAUACUUAUAACGACGCCCAAGUUAAAAUACCUUCAAAUAGGUAAUUCUCACAAUUCCACGUUGACUCAGACGGCGGCGUGUGGAGAAACCAAUAACGGAAAUCAAGAAGAAGGAGAAUCAUCGGAAGAGGAAACGGAAAUCAUUUUGCGAACGAUUCGAACGUACAACCAAGAAUUGGAAUAUUUGCACGUCAUCGACAGGUAUCCGUUAUUUGACGUCAUGCAAACCGUUUUAAAAAGAUCGAAAUUUAAACGAUUGAAAAUCACUCUCGAUAAACUAUGUGACAGACGUGAAAAAAUCAACGAUUUGAAAAAACUUUUCGCGAAUUUACCGAGUGUCGACAACAUGUGCAUCGAUUUUUGUCAGAGAAUUCAAUUUAAUUGUGAAAAAGAAAAUUUCGAAUGGAAAAUCAGUCACGAUUUCGAUACGGAUUCGAUUGAUGACUUCAAUUAA